AUGGCUCCACCAAGCUCCUCAAAGGACAAGUUCUUUGAGAAGGUCAUCAACCCGUAUUUGUCGGAGGUGAUGAAGCACCCUCAAGCCAUUGAGAUGCGUGAGGGGGUGCUCCACAUCCGGGAUGUUCAGGGGCCCAAGAGGACGGGGAGCGUGGAGGCCAGGCUUGAGGCAGUGGAACAAGACAUCUUCAAGUGCCAAGGGAUGGUGGAGCAUGGACUCAGCGCCAAUCACUCCAUGAUCACGGAAUUCGCCCGUGAUCACAUGGUGGAUGGGCGGUCUAUGAAGGACAUCGUCUUCACCUUCAACGAGCAAAUCAAUUUUAUGCAAAGCCAAAUCUAUGAUCUUCAAAAUCCAGUAGUCAAAUAUGAAGCAAGAUUUAAAGGUAUGAGUUUAGCUACCUGUUGCAGGACUCGGGAGACUCGUGCAUCCUCUUUUGAUGGUGAGCCCCUGCCCUGGAAGUCGGAGGACAAGCUUUCUGCCUCAUCACCACCACCUUCAUCAUCUUCCCCACCAAAGGAGACUUGA